AUGCAUCCGUUGUCAUAUCUGAUGCCCUUUCUUUGUGUCUUCUCCCAGAUCCGGAUGCAGGCUCAGGGAAAUGUGAUCCAAGGCAGCAUGAUGGGCAACUUCAUCAAUAUCUACCAGGAGGAGGGGACAAGAGGACUGUGGAAGGGCGUUUCUCUAACAGCUCAGAGAGCAGCCAUCGUGGUCGGCGUCGAACUCCCGGUCUAUGACAUCACCAAGAAGCACCUGAUCCUGUCGGGUUACAUGGGGGACACCGUGUACACACACUUCCUGUCCAGCUUUGUGUGUGGCCUUGCUGGGGCUCUGGCCUCGAAUCCAGUAGAUGUGGUCCGGACACGCAUGAUGAACCAGAGGGGAGGGGCUCUGUACCAGGGAACGCUCGACUGUCUGCUGCAGACGUGGCGCUCAGAGGGCUUCAUGGCGCUCUACAAGGGUUUCUUCCCAAACUGGCUCCGCCUGGGACCGUGGAACAUCAUUUUCUUCCUCACUUACGAGCAGCUGAAGAAGAUCGACGUGUGACUGAACGAACGUCGGAGAGAAAGCGAGCCGAGCUGUUGCCCAGGGACAAGCCGAGGGGACCAAAAUCAGGAACGUCUGGAACGGUGGCGGCUCCUCAGCGGAGCCGGUGAGGGGGGAAAGCCAAGGGAGUACGCAAGUGGAAUCCGAUUCCAGAGCAACUCCCGGCUCCACGUCUGUUUUAAAAAGCCUUGUGGCAAAAGGGUAAAGGACUGUGAAAAUGAAUACUCACACGGCUUCUUGUGCUCAUCUGCCACUUCAAGGCGCUAUAGAACCAUGUUUCCGCUCAGACUCAAGCCAACUGUGAAAUUCUCCAGCUCUAGAAAGAAUCAACACUUUACAUUUCAGUCGAAGGCUGCUAUGCUUCAAAACCGUCUCUGUUAUGGUGAUGAAAAUGCGUCCAACCUGUAUUAUUUAAAUGUUUUUUUGUUUUUUUUUUUCCACAUAAAGUGCUCUGCAAACUGUGUGCCUUAACCCAAUUUGUGGUUCAGGAUGUGAGACGCUUGAGCUGCACGUGAACUCCUGACUGUUGGACAGCCGCUGUGACAAUCGGCACAAUCAUUCCCCUUUGAAAAAACCGAUACGUUGUGGGCUUUAUAUCUAUAUUUAAAAGUUUGAAGUUAUUUAUUUCUUGUGGUCUCCCUUGCGUAUUUACAGAAUAAAGGGCCAAGAACAGAGCGUGGUAUACUGCGAGCUUUAUAUUUACAUGCGUAUAUGGCUCAAAUACCAGAGUUGUUACAUAGACGGGACAUUCAUCACAUGUGCAUGACUGGUAAGUAAAUAUAUCCUCUAGCCGCUCAGUGAUGUUCAAGCUCCUGUUACAUCCGUCACUUAAAAAAGUCAUCACAUAUGCAGACGAUAUGUUUCACCGGGUCAGAUCAGGCGAUUCCCGUUGCCGCUUCAACACAGCGAUUGUUCACUCCACGCUAUUUCCUCGUACUGUAUUUAAACGCUUUAAGCUUUCGUCGGAAAGGAAUGUGUAUGCUGCUUCUGCCAAAGUGUAAGCCAGUGUCAUUUUUUGUAAUAAGUUUAUUUAAGUGCAGCUGUGGACUUGUAUAUUGAAAAUAAAAAGCGUGACUUGAAACCACA